GGACUCGAUUCAUCGGUGCUGAUUCAUUAAGGCCUCGAAUGUUGUUCUCCUUCGACUAUUUAUACUCUGUCCAAAAUCCACAUUUGCAUACCAUACAGAACUUCACUUUCAAGACAAAAUUUUUACAGAGUUUCUUCACCAUCACCUUCAGUUAUGGCUUCUGGUGUGAAAGAGGUGCUUCCACCCACUCUUGAUCCUGCCUCAGAAUUUCCUGCUGACAUCUUUGAUGGAACCACCAAGUUGUUCAUAGCUUACGUAUGCCCGUUUGCACAACGUGUGUGGAUCACAAGGAAUUGCAAGGGAUUGCAAGAUAAGAUAAAAGUGAUUGCUGUUGACCUAGAUAAUAGGCCAGCCUGGUAUAAGGAGAAAGUUUACCCAGCAAACAAGGUGCCGUCUCUGGUACAUAAUAAUGAAGUAAAAGGAGAGUCUCUCGAUCUAAUCAGAUAUCUGGAUGAAAUGUUUGAAGGUCCUUCACUUCUUCCUGAGGACCCUGCUAAGAGAGAGUUUGCAGAAGAGUUGUUGUCCUACUCCGACUCCUUUAAUGGAGCUGUAUUUUCUUCUAUCAGAGCAGAUGGAAUUGGUGACGUUGGUUCUGCUGUUGAUUACCUUGAGAAUGCCCUUGGCAAAUUCGAUGAUGGUCCUUUUUUCCUUGAAACCUUCAGUCUGGUGGAUGUAGCUUAUGCUCCAUUUGUUGAAAGGUUCCAACCCUUCCUGCUGGACGUGAAGAAGUAUGAUAUUACAGAGGGCAGGCCAAAACUGGCAGCAUGGAUUGAGGAAGUUAACAAGAUCGAGGCUUACAAAGCGACAAAAUAUGAUCAAAACGAGCUUUUAGCAGCUUUAAAAAGACGUUUCGGUCUUGACACGGCCUGAGCUCCCUUGAAAUCACUUGGAAUUGGGAUAAUCACGCUCGUCAUCUUCAAGGGCAUAUGCAUGUUGCAGGAUCAUAUCUCAAGCGUUAUGCCUAACAAGGAGCAACUGCCUGAUGUAAAUAAACUUUGUUUAUGUCUACAUUCUGUGUUGUUUUGCGGCUUUGCUUUCUAAGUGUUUGAUGUCAAUAAACGUUAUUGCAUCUACAUUCUGUACUGUUGGCAGCUUUGCCUCCAUUUUAAGGUUGUAAUACAACUUUGUCUUGCAUUCAGUUUAAGGUUGUAAUACUACUUUUUCUCAUCAGACUGGUCUACAUUCAACUUUUAUGCUCUUUCA